CUAUGAACCAUGGCUGUGACAAUAUUUUCUAUGAAGGGGAUCCAAAAGUUGGCCAAAGUCCCAGUCUAGAGAGGGUCGUCAAUACGUUUUUCAGGCAGGGUCAGGCAUGAGACAUCAUUUAUAAUUAUUUACCAAAUUUAUUAAUAAUUGGAAUCUUACUUAUACUUAUGAAUUAUGAACUUAGUAACUUAGAGUUUGAGUCAUUGUAUGUUGAGAUUUUUUAAUUUUGUCAAUUUUGAUUUAUUAACUUAUUAAUUAAUAAAGAAAGGGUAAAUCAAGAAAGAUAAAGAACCUUUGCCUGCCCCCCAUAUCUGAGAUACACAAAUUAUCCAAUAAUUUAAAUACAUUUAAAGUUGAUACGUUCUGAUAAGCUCAGUUUUGCACUAGACACUUAGACUUAAGUAUUAAAUAAUUAAUUUUAUUUAAGUAUUAUUUAAAUUAUAAAUAAAUGUAUUUUGUAAUUAAAUAACAGCAGUAAUAAUAAUAAUAAGACGUCUUAUAUAGCGCGGUACCCCAGCCUAGGGCUGGGCUCACCGCGCUGUACAUAAACAUUUUAUCAAAAGAGACAUAAUCAUGACAUUAAAAUAAAAUAUAUUUAUGAAAUAAAGAACAGCAUUGUUUAUUCACCCACCCCACCACAUAACUUUUACAAGGCAAACCAUGGACGGCAGCCAGCAAGAUCAUUUAUCGGUCAGAGGAGCGGAAUCAGUCAGGGUAGUGUAAUUUAAAAAGAUAUGUUUAUUGUGCAGUUUUGAAGGCCUGGGUGGUUGGUAUAUUGCGUAUGUUUAGUGGCAAAGAAUUCCAUUGUUUGGGGGCGCAGAAAGAGAAAGAUCGUUUACCAUACGUUUUAGUGUGUGUCUUGGGAAUGGACAGAAUACGCGUGUCUGCAGAGGAGCGAAGCUGUCGAAGGGGUGAAUAGACAGAAAGAAUUUCGGUUAGAUAGGAAGGGCAAGAAUCCAAGAAAAAGUUGUGACAGAGAACAGACAACUUGUAGUCGAUGCGUGCCUGUAUAGGUAGCCAAUGAAGGGAAUGGAGUAGUGGAGUGACGUGAUCACGUUUUUUUGCCUUUAAAACUAGCCUAGCACCUGAGUUUUGAACUUUCUGCUGUUUUUCUAUGCAGUGUUUUGGUGAACCUGACAGAAGAGAGUUGCUAUAGUACAGUUACAGAAAAAAAAAUUUAAGGUCACAAAUUAAACAUUUGUGGUGCAGUCCAUACUUGAUACUACAGAGAGUUCAGAGAGGGUAGUAAAAUGGAGGGCAAACAAACUCAUACUAUACUAUCUAUACUAGGGUGACCAAAUCAUGAACUGGAAAAAACGGGACAAACGCAAGGGGGGUUGGUGGGGGGGGAUACACUCCAGCUAAAGAGGGGUCCGUGGGCCUCCGCCAGAAACUGUUUAUUGAAAUAUGCUCAUUUUAACUAUUUUGAGACCUAGAAAUCUUUUAAAAUUUACCUUCACUUUAAGUCUCGUGUCUUUCGCUAUACUAUACAUAUAAGAUCUAUGGCAGGGACACUGUUGGCAGAGUGGUGGAGGGGGAACAGUGCAGCCUCACCCGAGCCCUCAUUACUACUGGCACUGUUUACACUUACACAGCUAGCCAAAAUAUUACGUGGAGUUAUAUUAUAUUAUAAAUUAGAAAGUUUUAGUGAUUUGAAAAUGUGUUUGUUUUUUAAAACGGGAAAUUUAGGCAGCCUGAGAGAAUUUUUCAAGACACCUGGUACAAUCUUGAAAAAACAGGACAAUCCUGUUUUUACGGGACGCUUGGUCACCCUAGUCUAUACUGACUAUAAAUUUUAAAAAAAUGAAAAGCUUAAAAACUACUACACUAUACUAAUAUUAUUACUAAUAUAAUAGUUAAUAUUAUUCUAGUUGAUGUGGAAUUUAUUUUGUAUUUACUAGACUAUUAAAUUGUAUGGCCUCUAUACAACUGUACAAUUUUGGGGAAUUCAUUACAUGCUAAAGGUCUAAAAAGUAAAUAAAAAAGUUCAAUUGAGUCAAUUAUUUUCAUUGUUUUUUUUAGUAACAAACUUUUAAGGACUGAAAUGCAUACUUUAAAUCAAUUUAUAUGCUGUAAUUAAUAAUUUAAUUAAUGUUUCAGGUCCUUUUAAACUCAGAUGUUGUAGAGAAUUUUCUAAAAUGAGAUUUGGACAUGGAUAGUACUGAAGACGAUCCAAUUAGAUGGCGGCGGUUGGAAUCCCAAAAUAUUAUUCAUAGACUUUUUAAAAGAGAAAUUCACCAUGACAAACAUAGCACAUGCUUUAGUGAAGCUCGCAAAUUUUAUUUAAGUAUUGUUCCCAACUUCAGUAUUCUUAAUGUUGAAAAGCCACCUUGUUACUUGCGCAAAUUUUCCCCAGAUGGAAGGUAAGAAUAAUGAUGAAUUUCACCGGCUGUAAUAAGUGUGUUGCAUUUUUUAUAUGUUUUCUCUUUUCUCCUUUGAGUCUUGAUAUUACAAAAGGCAGAAAACAAUUUUUGUGUGCUUUCUUUAUUGAUAAAAAUUUGGGAAACUUGAUAAAAUAUAUGUAUAUAUUUUGAGCAAUGCAUUCUUUUUCAUUUCUAAUGAUGAUUUUGACAUAGAUUACAUUACUAUUAAUAUGUCACUAUUUUAUAAAAAAACAGUUUAAAAAUAAUUUUAUUUCAGAUUUUUUAUUGCCAUUUCUUAUGAUCAAACAUCUCUGGAAAUAUUUGACUUUAAAGGGAGUGAAGCAGCAGGAAAUCUUUUUAAAGAUAUAAAGGGAGAAGUUAUCCCAGGCCCAAACGAUGCUGAGGAAGAUGCGGCUAAUGUGCGUAGCAAAAUCUUUUCACAGUUCUUACAGAAGCGUCAGGUUGUUAGGGUGACAGUUGGAGAGGAGGUUCUCAACAGAGAGUGCAGUUUAUUUACAGAUGACAGUCAGUAUGUUCUAAUUGGUUCUUGCCAUCAACUUCCUGAGGAAAAUAGUUCCAGAUUCUAUGAUGUAUAUAGAAACAAUGAAUGUAUUACUCCAAAUUAUCGCCUCAUUCCAGAAGACUAUACACUAUACAUAGUACAGUUGAAAACAGGUAGAAUCGGCUUAAUCUAUGAUUAAUAAAUUAACAAAUAUUGUUUAAGUGUUAAUUGACUCUCUUAAAUUUCUUUACAGCCAAUGCCUUUAUAAUAUAAAGGUUGUGAUUUAUUAUUAAAAAUAAACCAUUCUUAUAAUACAACAUUCGUUUUUAGGCUUGUACCCUGGACAAAUUACCAAAUAAUUUUAGCUAUAAUUUUGUUUCUCCAUUUAUGUAAAUGUUGUAGGUAAAUAUUGAGUUUUAUAGAAUGCUCAUUGCUUAAAAUUAAUUAAUUAUCAAGCAAUUUUCUUCACAGGGAUUGUUUGUGACAAGAGACGGUUCAGAUUGGACAAAAUUUAUUUGUCCCACAAUCAAGGUGUCUGUCUGUAUGGAAAUAUUUUGACCGUCCUCUCAGUCCAGCAGCAAGUGAUCCAUGUUUUUCAGAUAUCUCCCCAAGGAACAUUUAUUCCUAUGAGAACAAUAGGACGCUUUUGCUAUGAUGAUGAUGAAAUUUUCUAUCGCCAGACUUCUAAUCAACUGCCUAGAGUUCAAAACAGGCCUUACACAGACAAGGUGAGCCUUAGAGUCAUCCGCAUAGGGCUUAGGAGGGUAGGGCUUUAAGAUUUUGGGAAGGGUUUUUUGCAACAUGAAGUGUUGGUGUCGACCCUUGAUUUCAAAAUUAAAGUCACAACAAAAGAGAUUUUAUGAUCUGCAUUAUGAGCCUAAUGAUCUGUGUUAAUAUAUAAGAUAUUGUGAUUGGGGUCAGGAGGGGUGUUUGAUCUAGGGAAUGUUAAUGGAAGACAAAAAGAUGUGCAAAUUUCAGGUAGUAGAUUUGAGUGGUUUUGAUCAGUGGUUCCUAACCUGUGCUUCGGUUGCACUUCUCAGGGGCUCCGCAGCCGCUCCGAGAAACUCCUAAACUCUAUUAAUUUGUAAGGCAUAUGUUAUGCCCAAGGGGCUCUGCCUUAGAAUUUGAUUUUAAAAAUGGCUGCCCGAGUCAAAAAACUUGGGGAGCACUGGUUUAGAUAGCAAACUAAUGAACUUGAAUACAUUUUGAAAAACAGACUGACACUUCAGGUGUGUAAUAAAAUUGUUCAACUUAUGCAAUCCUUAAAAAUCAAUAUUACUUUUUGAACUUCAUUUCAUUUAUCUUUUCUUACAAUUUAUUUUAAAAAUUCAUUUAAUAACCUUUUGAUAUGAUGACUUAUUCCAUUCUGUUGGCAGUGCAUCAACUCCCUGAAGCACAGGCUCUUAGUUUACCUCUAUAAAGCAGCUUGCAAUGGUCACAUUGACCAAGGGAUCAGAGCCUUCUAUUGGGCUAUGGAUGACCUCAGGAACUUACGCAUGGGAAAGCUGCAGCUGUUAGAUGAGGAACAUUUACUUAUCAAGUAUGCCAUUGAGGAAGUGGUGACCUUCCGUAAUGGGGAUCCAUACAACAUGCCUUCAUUAUUUGUCGUCUAUAAUAUGACCACAACUGAGGUACCUAAUACAAUAGGGUAUAAGAAUACAUUAUUUUGUUAUGUCCUGUUAUUGAAAAUCUUUACAUCAGUAUUCAAUUUGAAUUUUACAUUAGCUUUGAGUUACUUUAUAUACAACAAAAUUUUGUUUAUGAUAAUUUUCAUUUUUUUAAAAUUUAUUUGCAAAAGAAACAAAAAAACAACAUUAACAUUGCUAUUGCUUAUCACAAAAUUGAAAUCAUUUUGUUAAAAACAACAAUCUUUUAUUGAAACAAUAUGUGAAAACUUUUUUAACGUCCCUUCUAUGCAGCGCAAAUCAUUUUGCUUUUUGGACAUUGGAAAGAAUCAAUUUUUACAAUAAUUACUCAUUAUGCAAGAGACUGUAAUGAGUUAUAACUUAUUCAUCACAUAUAAUAUUUUAUUGUUGUAUUUUUAAUGCCAUUUUCGGCUCUGCAGAUUCUGGGAGUGUACGAGCACACUUCUCCUGAACUCCUGGAGAUUAUGGAAAAUUUCCAGGACCACUUCCGCAACUCUUGGCUGCAUCUCCAACCCCAGUUUCCAUCAUCACCAUCGUCAUCCAUCCAUGCCAGACGCAUACAGCACAUGUUUAAAUGGACUCUCAUAGUGGCCAAAAAUGGUGGGAAAAGAGAGGCUAUAUCUCGAAUGCUUACUCAACUCCCAAUCAGUGCUCAGUCCUACAGCUGUUCCCCAUAUCUUGACCAUGCCUUGUUCAGUUAUGAUGAUAAGUGGAUAUCACAGCUAGAGAGACCUAAAACAUGUGGUGACCAUCCCAUAAGGUAAAAAGGGACUUAAUGUCAUCAAGGCUUCACUAUCUGACAUCAGUUGCGGUUUACUUUUUUAAAUUCACAUCUUAUAAUUUUACUUUAUAUUUUCAAUGAGAAUGGGAACAAAUUCAUAUAGGCCAAUUGUUUUCUUUCCAAUAACUGCUCUUUAUAUAGGUAUUGAAACCAAACAAAUAUAUGUAGCCUUUCUUAUAGAUAAAUGAGACAUUUUAAAAGACAAAUAUAAUUUAUAAUUGAAAAUAUCAAUAUAUUAGGAGCAUUCAGUGUGCACAUACAAGGUUUAAUGCCAACCAGCUUACGUUAUUCAUAUUUUAGUUGUUCAAUAAUAAUAACAUGGUGUUUCAUCCCAUCCCAAUUUUAAGGCCAUUACUCAUUCAUCAAAUAACAAGAGGAUUUAUUCCAUCCCUAUCUUAAGGCCAUAACUCAUUCAAUGUCUAAAAAAGCAAAUGCUGUGAGCUAUUUGGAGAGAAUAAGUAGGCUAUGUAAGCCUAGAUUUAAACUCUAGACCUGAGAUUUUGUGAUUGUUGUAAAAAAAUGUUUAGGCUGGCUAUGAGAAAAACAUCUCUCAUGUCACAAACUUUUCUUUCACCCACACAACCCUCACAGUCAACCCUUUCUUGCAAUUAAAUCAUCAAAAAGUGCACCACGAUAAGUUUAUGUAAAUAUUUUACAUAUUUUAUUAAACCCACGAACUGUCGUCGGCCGAUGAAAUUGGCUGAUAAAAAUUGCGGUGAAAGAACAACUUCCAGUCCAAUAUUUUACACUAAAUAAAACUACUUCCUUUCAAUAAUAAAUGAACUUAUUUUUUUUCGCUCUUCUGUGUCCUUUUUUAAAACUUUGGAGUUAUUUUACAAUGAUCUUUAUCAAGCAAAUUUGUAUAAGUAGAUUUUCGUGAAAUGGAUGAGGCCAUAGCUGGACCAUCUGGCUUACAAAAUAAAUUAGGAAUCUUUUUGAUACCUUUUUAGUUAAUGACUUAAGUGAUUCGGAAGAUGAUUUUCUGAUCACACAAGAAGACAAUGAUAAUUCUGAUUAUUUUCUAGUUGGGUUGAAAGUGAUAGUUCGGAUUUGGACGAUUUAGACCUAGGCCUAGAAUGAGUAAGUGUUGCUGUAAUAACAGGACGCUUUCAAAACUAUGUUGCAGAUGAUUGUGGCGAAAACGUACCAAUAAAAAAUAAUUGGAUGUUCUAUUAAGUUCUAUAUAUGUUAUUUAUAUUUAUAUAGCAGCUAUUUGAAUUUUAUCUGUUUCUUACUAUUUAUUAAUGUUUAUCUUGUUUAUGUGGUGCUUCGUUACUUGAACGUAAUUAUAGAUAUCAGCAGAAUUUUUUUAAAAUCUAUUAAUAACUAAAACAAAUACAAAUAAAUGCAUUUUCUGAAGAUAAAUCAAAAUGAUAUCAUGUAAUAUAAACAUUAUAAUAUUAUAUCUUUAAAAAAUUGUAGUUUGAGGUACUUGAGAAGAAAACGUUUCAUUAUUUUCUUUAUUCUUGGCCAUUCCAAGGUCAAGGUAACAGAGUAUAAAAUAGCAUUAACAAAAUAGCCAAUAUGAUUCCCCACUAAGUCUAAUUUCAAUAAAUACAUACUUUAUGGGGUCUAGCUAUAGUGUUGGCUUGUGGAAAAUCACCUUUUUCAAAGGCACCCAAAAAGCUCUAAAUAGCCUGCAAAAUAAAGAAUAAUAGCAGUUCGUGGGUUAAUUACUUUUAAAAAAAAAUUCUUUUAAGGAAUAUCCACUUUCAGCUUUAGUUUUUCAAAUACCGGUACAAUAAAUUGUUUCUGCUUUGGAUUUAUUGACCUUUGUAUUUUUAAAUCAGAUUUUUUACCAGAGAUUCUGGAAUGCUCAGCUUCAAGCUCAACACAGGAGCACCAGAAAGACAGAUUUCCCCAAGUAAUCGCCGCCUUGUUGCCUUCGUGUGUCACCCUUCAGAACCAUUUAUAAUAAGUGUCCAGAGAACUGCCACCGACUACAAGGUCAACUUCCAUAUUCGAAAGUGUCCAGUAUAGCUUCAACUGACAAUAAACCAAAAAUAAAUAAUGCCCACGGCCAGGUCAUGUAUCGCAGCAUGCUCAAUGUAACUGUAACCAAUGUUGUCCACUUGGUCAAAAUAUCCGACAGUGCCGUAGUGUACUUCAUGGUAACACAUAAAUGAAACAUAUUUACAAAAAUCUGAAAACUUGCCUACAUAACCUUGCACAGAAGUGAGAUUGAGCAGACUUUGGCAAAGGUUUUGGUUAAGGUUUUGUUAAAAUUGAAACAUACUUUGCAUAUUUCUGGGUUAUUUUUGUGUGUCUACUGUUGCAGAGUCUUUCAGAAUUUUAUGUGUUUACAUUAUUGUAAAGGUAUGACACUGUAAGUUUCUUGAGACAAAGGAAUGUCAUCUGUGUAGCAUUUUGUACUCAACCACUACUUAAUAUGUCUAUAUAUAUAUUAUAUAUAUAUAUAUAUACAGAUUUGAAAUAGUAGCUGGAAUACCAUAUUUUGCCAGUUCCCUGACCCCAUGAUAAGGAGAAUAAGAUGAAAAACAAUAAUUUAAGUUGUAUAAGGUUGUUGUAACCCAAUGGUUUCUGUUACAGCCAUAAGGCCUUGUCACUAGUUGCUGCUGUAACUGUCCAUUGUUUGUAACUGUGGUCUUAGCAUGAUACCAAAGGAAUACAAGAUCUGAAAUAAUUAUAAUUAUGCUAAUCACAUAGUUGUUACCAGUGCAGAUGUUAAGAUAAAUUAUGGAUUGGAGCUCAUGAACAAGGAGACAUGAGAUUCCCCUCAUUUUUGAAAUGAUGCAAUUAUCUUAUUGUUUCCAUGUAAAAACCGCCAGCCAUUCUGCAAUGAUUCCAAUAGUAAUAAUAGUUAACUAGACAGAGCCAUUAUUUCAUGUUGGGAUUCUUUUCAUAUGUAGAUAAAAAUAGACUUGAUAAAUAACGAUGAAGUCAUCCUUGUUGACAUUAUAUUAUCAUUACUGUCAAUGCAAAUUUUAGUCUAACCUCUUUCAGCAAUUUGUCUGGUUGGUCAUCAUUGCAUGUAUCAUAAACAAAUUAAGUUGGAUUUUGAUCUAUGUUUUUAUUUGGAAAAAUUGAUUAAGAGCAUUACCGGUUUAUGAAUUUGACUAGUUGUGAAUCGUGAAUGCUAAUCAUUAUUUAUAUACAGUUAUUUUGGUUGUACAUGAGUCAUUGUGUGACUCAUUGUAUGAAUCAUUGUAUGACUCAUUGUGUGACUCAUUGUAUGACUCACUGUGUGACAUUGUGUUGAGAAAGUGUAAACAAAGACAUCUGAUGUUUAUCCCAUGCCAAUCUGGUUACUGUCUACGGCUUCAGUGGUAAUUUUUUUUUCAAGGUGGUCCUCCUUCCUGACAUUACUGCUUGACCAGUCCAUAUCAGCUGGCUGUUUGCCCAUAUCCCAUGAUUUCAUUCUUAAAAAGGCCAUUGACUUUUUUAACUGCUGAAUACAAUUUUCUCUAUCCGACUCUGCUUAUACCGCUGAAUAAAGUAAAAUUUAUUCCAUAUAAAUUAAAAACUUUUGGUUCAAAUAUUAAUGGGACUCCGGCGUUUGAUCCAGCAUGUAAUGUUCUGAAUCUGCGGUGGAUAAAAAAUACACAGAUCACCACAAUUCCAAUUUGUUAACAAUUUUUCUAUAUUAUUAUUAUUGUGAAAUAAGUAACUAUCGAAAUCAAUGAAUAAAACUGAAUAUCACACUCCAGUCUACAGUCAUAGACCGUGUACUUUAUUUUAUGUUACAAAUAAAUCAAAUACAUGUCAAUAAUUUCAAUAAUUGUGUAUUAGAUUAUUUCCAGUAAUGUUUUUAAAGAAAAAAAUUUGUACCAAUAUUUUUAAAAUAAUUUCUAAACAAACUUAUCUUGUAAUGGGCAAUUAAAAAUUUCUUAGUGAAAUUAAAUACAAUUCAAUUAUCCCCCUAAAUAGAGCUUGGCUUAGUCAGAACAGAACGACAAAUUUUUCAUUUUAUGAACAAACAUAUCUUACAAGUUGUAUUAAUGUUUGAAUCUGAUAAUCAAAUAAACCACAUUUAAAAUGUUAACAAGUGUGUUGAAGUUUAAGGGAAGUAACUACAGUAACAGUGUCCAGUUUUAGAGUUAUGGUUUAUUGGAGGAGCCGCAACAUCAUUGACUAAAGGAGACAAAAUAAAGGGAUCUCAUUUGUGCUGAUAUCAAUAAACACAAUUCUGGUCUGGUCAUGUCAUUUUAGGGUUGAAGGCUGUUUUAUUCAUGUCGUACUUAAGUGCCUUUCUUCAUUGAAAUGGAGGACAAUAUUAUUUUUGUGAGGAUUGAACACAGGGUAAAUCUGUGGUCACUAUGAAAUUAUCUUGCCAUGGAAGCAGGAAUCAACGUGUUGAUUUCAAAAAUUUUAACAAGUCUGACAUGGAUAGCUUGUGAAAUACAGGUCCAAAGAUUCGACAAGUGUGACAUGGAUAGGUUGUGAAAUACAGGUCCAACGAUUUGACAAGUGUGACAUGGAUGGGUUGUGAAACACAGGUCCACAGAUUUGUUAAGUGUGACAUGGAUACAGUGGCGUAGCGAGGGUGUUUGGCCCCUAACUAGCUGGCGGCCGGGGACAUCUGUCCCCCCCUGCCCUCACCACGCUACGCCUCUGCAUGGAUAGGUGGUAAAACACAGGUCCAAAGAUUGGCUUUCUCUCAAAUUAUUUAAACGUCCAACCACUGCCAUGUUUUAUCACACUUACUUAAGUCCAUGUUGGCAAUCUAGUGAAUGCCUAGAAAAUGUUUUGAAUGACCAGGUAAUGCAAAUAAAAUACAAUAUGUUGUAUGUUUAUUUCUUACUUGUUGCCAAAAAUGGAUCACCACUAGCAUUGUACAGAAUAGAUGCAUUUAUGGGUGAUUUACUGUGCACUCUACAUGCUCCAAGCUUAGUUAUCUCUGAGAGCUUAGAUAUCGCUUAGAGCUUAGUUAUGUAUGAGAGCUUAGAUAUGGCCCAGAGCUUUGUUACAUCUGAUAGCUUAGAUAUUGCUCAGAGCCUAGUUAUCUCUGAGAGCUUAGAUAUCACGCAAUGCUUAGUUAUCUCUGACAGCUUAGAUAUCACGUAUUGCUUAGUUAUCUCUGACAGCUUAGAUAUUGCUCAGAGCUAAGUUUUCUCUGAGAGAUUAGUUAUCGCUCAGUGGCCCUGUGGUGGUAUCCCCAGUUAAAUUUCUGCAUUAUGGAUGUAAGCAGCUGUGCUGGCAAAGACAAGUUUUGUGCUCUAGGAGGAGCAAAAAUUGCCACCCCACUUUAUCAUAAAUUUGCCAAACCAG